AUGUCCCCCUUGUCCAAUGUGUCUCUCAAUCUGGCUAGUAAGGGAAGUCUGGUCGUGCUGGUAGAACAAAACGGCGAUGAUAUUCCGGACUGGAUCUCUACAAUUGGUUUCGAGAAAGUUGAGGGGCAAAAUGUAUCAGCUCAAGGAAGUUCCAGUUAUAUUACCUUCGAGGUAUACAUUAAGAGUGAUGUUGAAGGGAACUUCAACAUUCCUAUCGCAGCAGCCGAUACCCCACUAUGUAUAUUUGGAGCUUUCGCGGCCCCACUCGAAUACUUUGCACACGGAUCAAACAGUGACAUCAUUGAAAUUACGUCGUCAGGAGAGCUUCUGCUGGAGAUAUCAUCACUAGACUACGAGAGUAUCAGUGCAGCUACGCAACCCCUUCAUAUAUCCGUUAGUGUUGUCGAUGUGGGCGGCUUGACGGGGGAGGCAACGCUCUCUAUCUUUGUUGACGACGUGAAUGAGGCACCUUUGAUAACGAGCUGCUGCUUUCAGAUCGAAGAGAAUCCCGCUGUAGGAACGCUAAUUGGGCAGCUAACUGGAGUUGAUCCAGACUUGUCAGACAAGAUCACGUUUGAGCUGGCGUUCCCAUCCACGGAUGUCAUCGUCACUCCUAGUGGUAGCAUCUCCGUUGGCAACAGCUCAUCAUUCAACUAUGAAGUCACAUCUUUGCUUACGAUACGCGUACGGGCUACCGAUAGAGGCGGACUCAUCGAUGAACGCGAGAUCCAGAUUACGAUCGUAGAUGUCAACGAGCCUCCAACUUUUCUACAGUCAGUUUAUACUUUCGCUGUUCCCGAAAAUUCUGCUUUUGGCCUACCAUUUGGGACUCCAAUCCGUGCUAUUGAUCCGGAUCGGGGUCAAACGGAUACUUUACGCUAUGAACUUGUGAACAAAAAUGCUGGUGGGUUACCGUUUACCCUGGAAAGUUGUUCAGGGCAGCUUGCUGUUCAAUGGGAUAAACUUGAUUACGAGGCUACGAACCUGUAUUCGUUUGGCGUUCGUGCUAUCGAUGCUGGGUACCCAAAAGCUCUAGACUCGCAAGCUUUUGUCGAAGUCACUAUACUCAACGUGAAUGAGGCGUCUCAAUUUACCCACGUGGGACCGUUUAGCAUCAAGGAGAACGAGCCAAACGGGACUUUUAUCGGACAACUUCUAGUUACCGACCCAGAUCCAUCGUCGACCUUCGCCUACGCGGUAAAUGCUAGCGACUACGUGUACGUUUCUGCCAGUGGUGGACUGUACUCGCAAGUUCCGUUUGAUUACGAAGCUGUACCAAGUUUUGUUGUUCAAGUCACUGUUCAAGACAAUGGCGUGGCUUGCGACUAUCGACUCGAUCUUUCCCAAUGCGAACCUAUAGCCACAACUACUACCGUGGUUGUAGCGGUACAAAACGUAAACGAGCCUCCUACCCUAACUGCCGACACUUUUACCAUCGCAGAGAAUCUCGCUUCAGGCUCUUUAAUUGGGAAGCCAAUUCGAGUCAUUGACGCUGAUGGCGCAGUAGGAAACGAUUAUGGGUUCACGAUAUUCACUGGUACUUCCAGUGGGGCCGGGUCUGAGUUUAAGAUCCGCAGGGAUGGUCGACUCCUCACUCAAACAACUUUGGACUUCGAAGCCAAAUCGAACUACGUUCUGAGAAUCGGCUACUAUGACGGCGAGUUCUGGGCCUAUCUAAAUAUCACUGUUGUAGUCCUUGAUGAGAACGAAGCUCCAUCGAUCAUUGGAGGCGUUAGCGGGUCUAUAGCUGAAAACAUGGCGGCGGGUACUCCAGUGCUGGUUGCCGAGUAUUAUGACGCGGACCGAAACUCAGUCAACGUAUUCGCGCUCAUGGAUACCUUCGCGCCUUUCAGCAUUAACGGAACGACAGGAGUAUUGCAAACCACACACCCGCUGGAUUUUGAGAACGAUCCUAUCAGCUUUAAGCUGAACAUCCGAGUGUGCGACGCAGUUCUAACGACUCUUUGUGGGAGUGGAUUUGUGACGGUUAAUGUUACCGACGUGCCAGAGGCGCCGUCGAUGGCCGCUGUUUCCUGCACGAUGGUUGAGAACACAGCGACGGUAUUGAAUGAGCAAAGCACAGCAGGGUGCACGUUUGUAGCGACUGAUCCAGACAAAGCAUCGUGUUCAUUCUACCAGAUUAUUGGGAGCGGCUCUCCGUUUCAGCUUGGGUCCAGUGCUACCCAAGCUCUAAGUUCUUCUGAAUGCACGAGUGACUCAGUGGAGCUGAAUUGGGUAGCCUCCUCGCUUCCAGACUACGAAACCCAGGCUCAAUAUGUUGUCGCCAUUCGGAUUCAGGAUGAAACCGGGAGCACGACCGGUCUAUACGUUGAUACUCACAUCACUGUCAGCAUCCGCAAUGCGAACGAUUGCCCAUCUCUGGCUUCGCUGACAUCCAUGGUAAGAGAACGCUCCGCGGCUGGGACGACGAUUGGGUACCCGCUACCGGGCAAGGACCAGGAUGUAUCGGACAUUCUGUCGUACGCAGUUACCGGGACGAAUGCCUCUGACGGUUUGAUUGGGGUCGACAGUCUCACCGGCCAAUUGGUUGUGGCAAGGACGCCUCUUGAUACGGAGCUGGUGUAUCCGACUCAGUUCUAUGUGGUGGUGAGUGUCACUGACAACAGUGCUCAACGUUGCUCGAGUAGUGCAACCAUUACAGUCCUUACGACAAAGUCGAACUUUGCUCCUGUAUGGUCGAGCUCGCUGCCUGCAUCGUUCAAUAUCAAUGAGAAUUCUGCUGCUGGAACCCAAGCAGGGGCGUCCAUCUCUCGGUACGUCACCGACCCUGAUAAAGACACGAUUCAGUACACACUCCAGUCGAAGACAGAUACGUAUUGCGCAGAUACAUUUAGUAUUGGGCUAUCGACUGGCGCUAUCAACCUUCGAGCAGGGCGGUCUCUGGACUUCGAGCAACGCCAAACGUGCAUUUGCACUGUCGCGGCGUGUGAUCCAGCCCUAAUGUGCAGCACGAAAGACGUGGCUGUUCAAGUGAAAAACCUCAACGAGCCGCCGAGUUUCACCGAACCGACGUACACCUUUACAGUGAAAGAGAACGAAGCAGCCAAUCUCGCUCUACCUCGCUGCAUUAGUGCCGUGGAUCCGGACGAAGGUGAUGGCUACGCGCUUACGUACGCGCUGUCCUGUGUGAAUGCAACCGACUGCUCUCUGUUCUCCUUACAAAUUGAAAAGGACUGCAGUCAAGAGUUGUGUGCCCGAAUUAUUGUCAAGCCGAGCUUAAACUUUGAGACCCGUCGCUCCUACAGUUUUAAUCUGACUGCGGCUGAUCCUGGCAAACUUUCGGCGGUUGCGAAUAUUGUGGUCAAUGUCGAAGAUGUGAACGAACUGCAUUCAUUUGUGAGUUUCCCGGCGACAGGUUCUGUACUGGAAAAUACCGAGGUUGGAUCAGUGCUGCUUCGCAUCAACACCACGGACCCCGACGUUUAUUCGGGCGCAUUCAGGACCAUGCAGUACUCGCUGAGCGCAGUAUACCCACAAGGUCUGGAUGUAUUCCGUAUUGAUGCCACCACGGGUGAUUUAACAGUGACUGGUCUGAUCGACUACGAGGCCGUGCAGGCAUUCACGAUAACAGUGGAGGCGCGUGAUUCGAGUGGAGUUGGAGCACUAGUCAUUGCAGGCAACAUUGCAAUUACAGUGGUCGACGUUGGUGAUACUACAGUUGAUAUGAUCGGGCUUGUUGCCAAUGGAGCGACGCAGCUGAAUACAAUCGGAGGGGAGCGAUUAAUCCUGACCGGUACAAAUAUCGGGUUCAAGCAGCGCUCUGAUGGCUCAGUUAUAAUCAAGCAGCUCACUGUCAGCUAUGGAGGGUACGGUAGCACCUCGCCUCACUACGCAACGAACUGCUCCUUGGUUAACGGUAACACUGGGGUAGAGUGCACAUCGGCGCCUGGGGUGGGCUCAAGUCUGUACUGGAACCUUACGUUAAUAAUGAGUGUACCUAGCAUCGGAGAGACUGUUUUCCAAGCGUCAUCGUCGGUGCCGUUGGCAUCUUAUGGAUCGCCAGUGGUUAACUCAGUCGUGUGCAGCGAUGCAUUCCCCACAAACGGCAGUAGCACGGAGAACAUUGUGGUUUACGGAGACAACUUGGGGUCGAUACAGCUCACAACUCAAGAUGCCUUGCCCGUGGUACUCCACGGUGUGGAAUUUCAGGCGCAACAUUGCCAACUGCGUGAAUCUAACACCACCGAUGCCCCAACAGCUCAAUACAUUGGAUGCCAGAGCGCUGCAGGCUCUGGCCAGAAUCUCACGUUCACGGUGGUGGUUCUCGGUCAAUCCAGUGACGCCUACUCUUCGAGUUGCCGAUACGCGUCUCCAACUAUCACCGCUAUAACCGCGCUCAGUGGAUUGCAGACUGCCGGUGGCAACGAAAUACUGAUAAACGGAACUGGAUUCGGCUGCCAAGGCUGCGCCACAGUCGCUGUCACGUACUCAAAUGGCCUCCACUCAUUCACGUUGGACGACUGCAAGGUUGUUGUCGACCAUGUGCAGGUAUCAUGUACAUCGCAACCUGGCGCAGGCGCAGCAUUCCAAUGGCAAGUAUCGGUUGAUAACCUGUCCAGCGUGUCUACCCGUCAGCUCGCGACAUCUUACGAUGUACCUGAGGUCUGGGAAAUUAUGGGAUUUAAGGAUCUCCCCACAGCAGGCGGUACAGUCUUCCAGUUGCGGGGUCAAAACUUUGGCCCUGACACCGCCAUUUUCGUGGACCCUGUCGUCGAGUAUUCAUUCGAUAACGUAACCAUCCUGCGAGCUGUCAACUGCAAACGGAAGUACAACGACCCCAAGGCGCAUAGUCUGAUCCAGUGUGUGUCGGUCCAAGGAAGUGGCUCUUUCCACUCGUGGCGGGUGAUCAUUGAAGGCCAAGCUUCACUGUGGACAACGCAGAACACGUCGUAUGCUGGACCGAUCGUGACGAAAGUAUUCCGCUCUGACGGCGAUACAGAAAUCAAGACGAGUGGUGAUCAGCAGGUGGUUAUCACGGGCAAGAACUUUGGUACAAUUAACGCCUCGAGAAUUUCUAAUGUCACUUAUGGCAUGAUUGGAGAUGAGUUCACUGCAAAAGACUGCAGUAUUGUGAUUGACCAUGAGCGCAUUGUCUGCACAACGGCCCCUGGCGUGGGUAAUCGCCUCGCUUGGAUAGUCACUGUCGAUGGGUUGACCAGCGCCACGCCCACGAUCAGCUACGCGAAGCCGUUCAUCACUUCUAUUGAGGGCGAGGGAGCAUCCAACGCUCUUGUUCGUGGUGGUCAGAGCGUCGUCCUCCGCGGCGGGAACUUUGGGCCCAGUUAUAUCGUCAUUGACAGAAUAUCGUACGGAACGUCUGGACGGGACUAUCAAAUUACAGAGGUACUCGAACACAACGACUCCACCAUUGUUUGUUCGACUGUACCUGGUGUCGGAGCGAACCUCUCGUGGAUUGUAUCGGUCGGUGAUCAAGAGUCAAGUUUGUCCAGUGUAACCAGUUCGUACGCACCCCCAGUAGUAACAGCGUUCUACCCUUCGGUUGUGUUGACGGAUGGAUCGAGUCACGUCACCAUUGUCGGUGAAAAUCUUGGUGCUAACGUCACUUUUGCGGCAUCACGUGUAAUUUUCUCGCCGCCGCAGACCAGUUUGUCGAGUUAUCGCAUAUCUAUCGUUGAAUUUGGGGACUUCGGUGAUGAUAACAGCAGCGAGUACGUGGUAGUGCGUAUUCCGGUGGGAUACGGUACUGGAGCUUCGUUGCAGCUUUUGGUGGGGACGACAAGUGUCCAAAAGACUGCAACGAUGACGAUCAGCUAUGGUUCUCCUUGGAUCGAUACUGUGUACACGGAUGAGGGUCCAGCUGACUGUCUACCGUCGUGUAUACAGCUCACAGUAACUGGCAACAAUUUUUACACCACUGGACGUGUACUGGUGACGAAGUACCCUAUCACAGUGAGCAAUCUAGGAAGUGCGGGCUAUGAAUUCUCGGUCGAUGUUUCGUCCUGGUCACACAAUACCAUUGUUGUGCCUCAAUUUGUCGGACGAUCGGGGUACGUUACUGUGGUGCUGGGUCGGGAGACAAUUCUUAGCAACUCGGCUCCGUUCAGCUGGGACGAUCCGUCCAUCCUGGAUUGGUACACACUUGGUCUUUCGUGUUGGACAUCGGAUUGCACUACGAGUUACAGAUUGGAUGGAGAUACGCACCUUUUCGAGACUGAACAAGUAGGAACUGGGGUAUUUAACUAUCUGUCAGCGACACAGGGUGGAGCUACUCUUAGUCUGUACGCCAAGUUUGUCGGUCGGAGUCCUCGCGUUGCUAUUGGUACAAGUGCGUGCACCAACGUUGUGCUCAGUACUCCUGUGAUCCCAUCGAGCGUUCUCUUGUCCGGAUCGGUGAUUGGGGUCAGUAAUAUCCGCCUCUUGUCGUGCACAGUACCGAGUGGACAAGGAUCGAUGCUUCCUCUACUAGUCAUGCGGGGUACAACGUCUAGCAGCCCGAGGUAUUUCAGCUACAUCCCUCCCAGAGUGGAUUGGACUGGAAGUUCUGCCACCUCAGCCCCCACCAAGGGGAAAACGGUGACCCUUACAGGCUCAAACUUCGGUACAAGCCCCGUCAUCACUCUGACGGGGACAAAUAAUACCCCGAACGUCCUCAAUAUCGCAGAAUUCGAUCACGUCCACGCUACAUUCACGAUUCCUCCUGGGGAGGGGCAAAACUACUCUUUCAAGUUGUCAGCAGGGAAUCAGGACAAGUCGGUCGUGUUCAGCUACAACGUUCCAGUCAUUCACACCAUCGAAGUCGAAGAUGCUACCACUGCUGGAGGAUCAACCGUGACUAUCCAUGGCGAGAAUUUCGGAUCGAGUGCUCUUUCAACCGCGCAUGCAGUUGCUCUUGGUGAUAUGUUCUCGUGUACAAUCGACAGUGUCGACCACGACACGAUUGUUUGCACAACGAGUGAGGGCCAAGGCAGCGGCCACCAAGUGGUUGUGACAGUCAGUGGACAAGUAAAUACCGACAGAAGCGUGACUUUCAGCUACGAUCCUCCAGUAAUCUACGACAUCAGUCGGAGCGAUGGUCCAACCUCGGGGUACACUUGUGCCUGCAUAGAUCCGGACCAGCCUUGUGCUACGCUUACUGCUCCGUUUGAGUGUCGGUACCUGGAGAUCAGCUCUUCUAGCUCCACAGAUGACAGUUAUUGCGUGCAGACAGCAUUGGAUGGGGUGACGCAGAAGGUGACAGUCACGGCUGUGGCGGAUGUGUAUUCUAGCAACAAGCCUGUGUACACAAGUGAGUCGGAGUCGGAUUUGCAGCUUCUGUAUACGGGUGGGUCUUGGCAGUUGCUGCAACAUGACGUCAGCAUUUAUCGUGCUGAUGUCGUUGCAGCAAGUCCGCCGCCAUCAGGUUGGCUCAACGUGAUAGUGGACCCUGCUGUUGCUAUGGCCAGCAUGAAAGUGUACCCUGGAACUUGCUCCAAGGCCGCAGCUCGUGCCUGUCCCGCAGACACGGAGUUGUGUGAGCGUGUAUCCAUCACACUUGCGGGUAAGAACUUUGGCGUACAGUCCCUGGAUUGGCUGCUUGAGUUGGUAAGCACUGAUGAUACGGCGGAGAUGGAGACGGUGACUAUCACCAAUGAUGACGUUGUGUAUUUCAGUCACUCUAACAUCAAAUUCAACUUGCCAUCGGGCCAAGGCAUCUCCAGGGUCGUGAAACUGACUGUUUCGGAGCUGACUGUCGUCAACAAAUCGAUUGAAUUCGGCUAUCAGACGCCUCAACUGGUUGGAUAUGAAACCAGUACGGCGAAUUUGUCGACUUGUGGAGGCUAUGCGAUUUCGCUUUAUGGUAAAAACUUCGGUUCGUCUCGAGCCAAGGUGUUAAUCGGUGGUCGGGAUGCUCGUGUCGAUGGCCAAAGCUCUCACCCGAGUGCUUGUGGCUCUGACGCGUGUGAAUACUCCACGAGCGGGCCGUGCAUCGACAUCAACACAUUUGUCUGCUACCCCUCGAUGUAUAUUGUGAGCCCUGCCUUCAGCUUCCUCGACGUCUGCAAUGAUACGACGGGGACGCAGAUGCUAUGUGAAGCUGCCGAUCCAGUCGCCGAUAUGUCGGAAGAUUUAACAAGCCACUCGGACUUUGUGAUCGAAACGAUCGUCCCCGCUGGGUACGGCGCAGAUCUGCUGGUUUUCGUCAUUGUCGACGAUCAACCGAGUAACGCGUUGGCAUUCUCGUACAACCAGCCGGUCAUCAGCGCCCAGAUGCCGAAUCAACCCGACGCAAACGGAGCAAACGCUAUCACGAUCAAAGGAACCGACUUCGGUUGCUUCCCCAAUGAUGCAAUCACAAUUUCGUUUGUUUCGACCGACUACACGACGGAUGCGGUGCAGUCGAUAACGCGGCAGUUGAGUACGAGUACCAUUUCGUAUUUGCCGACCAGUAUAUUCGAAGAGGACUAUGCUCGACGAUUAGUUGAAGCGUCGACUUCUGCUACCUCAGCCAAUACGAGCGAGAACUCGACGGGGACCGUGGUGUGGACAAGCGCGUCGGAAUUGGUGUGGUACCCUCCCAAGACGAAGGCUGGGAUCACGAGCAUUGUGCUGUCAGUUGGUGGCAACGUGAUGUCUCCUACCAGCCAGACGCAGUUGAAGUUCCAGUGCAGUCCAGGCUACUACCGCACUACGACGGAGUUCUGUGACGCUUGUCCAGAAGGUGCCACAUGUGCUGGCGGCGAUGACAUGCCGCUGGCCAAGCCUGGCUACUGGCGUGAAGGCGAAGUGGUUCUCGCGUGUGAUCCCAUGUUCGCGUGUCUGGGUGCUAACAAGUGCGCUGAAGGCUACACCGGUAUAAGGUGCGGAGAGUGCGAGAACAACUACCACAAGCUCAACUCCGAGUGCAACGUGUGUCCGGAUGACAAGUGGGGGUCUAUCGCUAUCGUUGUCAUCUGUAUCACAGUAGCGUCCGUGGUGAGCUACCUCCUAACCCGAAAAGGAGUGAGCUUGGGUCUGCUCUCCAUCGGCAUUGACUACUUCCAGACGCUAUCGAUCUUCGGCAACGCCCGCAUCUCAUGGCCAACGACGCUGAUCAACUUAUUCUCGACUUUAUCAGCCUUCAACCUGAACUUGGAGCUCAUCGCGCCUGAAUGCUUCUCGUUCCAGGUUUCCUACGUGACCAAGUGGUUCAUCAUCGAGUUGUUCCCGUUGGUGAUGGCAGCCAUAGCAUUGGCGAUUUUCGCUGCACUUUACGCUUACAAGCGGUUCAUCAAGAGGCGGCGAACUCGACUAACGUCGCACAUGCCUCAGCUGUUCGGAUCGACGUUGGUGAUGAUGUACUACCUCUUCUUGUACCUGACGCGGACGACCUUGGACGUCUUCAACUGCGUCGGGACCAUCCCAUCCGAUGGGAAACUGUACAUGGUCGCAAUCUACACGCAGUGCUUCAAGCCUGGAGGGAUCCACAUGGAACUCUUCCCGUUCGCCGUCCUGGCGUUCAUUAUAUACUCGUUGGGGUACCCGCUCUUCGUGCUGCUUACACUGUCUCGAAAUCGGGCUCUAGUGAUGGAGGACCAGCUUCUACGAGCCAUGCAGCGCGGGACAAGUCGCCGCACCAAUCCGAACUGCUGGGUGUUCCGCAAGAAGUUCUCCAAGUUGUACUACCAGUUCAAGCCCGAGUACUGGUACUGGAUGGUGCUCAUUAUUCUGCGCAAGUUCUUGCUGGCAGGUAUCGGGCUGCUCUUCCGACAGGACCCUGUGUUCCAGCUGGCCACUGCGACGUUUGUACUGUUCGUGAACUACUCGCUGCAAGUACGCUGUCGUCCGUACAUGAGCGCGUACGAGACCCACCGAGUGCUCGCAAACUACGCCAAGCGGGUUCUACUGGAGACUCGACGUGCCAAGGCCAAGGGAGAAGCGUACAUCCAGCCUGCUCAUCUCCGCUUGGAAAUGCACGCGUCGACCGUGACUGCUUGGAAGAGUGGGCAUGGAGAUCGCGGAGGCCAAGGAGUGGCGGCAAGCUCAGCACCGCCGACAUCGGGGCUGCGUGGGGCUAACGAAGCCAUCCUCGCCUCGCAGGAGCCGCAGAAUCUGGUGGGUUACCUAUGGGAUCACAACACGGUCGAGGCAAGCCUGCUAUUCAGUGCCAGCCUCGUGCUUCUGGCCGGUGUCAUGUUUGAAAGUGGACGGCUGGGGAGUACUGAGGCCGGGUUUACCGGUACUUCGGCGCAGAUGCUUGCCGUUGCCACUACAAUGCUCGUAGCCGCGAGUUGCGUGUACUUCGCCCUCGUCCUGAUCACGGAGUUGGUGGUGGCACUUCGACCCGAUUACUACCGACGAAUUACGCGUGUGCAGAAGGUUUUCAGCAGUCCUCGCCAUCGCCACCAGAAGGAUGAAUCUGGCCAGGGGAAGUAUCAAAAAGCCAUUCGUGAUAGUGACGACGACAGUGAUGAUGGUGAUGACGAUGAACUGGAAAUGGUCGCGACGAUGACGCAAAACCCGCUGCAUUUUAACCGCACUUUGGCUGGUGCCCGAGGAUUGGCGAUGCGAGCUAGGGAGCGUGACGCGCUGGCAGCUCUGCAGGAAAUUCAACGCCGUGGGUCGGAACGUGGAAGAAAUGAACGACAGCUGGAAGAACGAGAUGAAGAGGAUGCUGCUCCUCGCAGGCGAAGGUCUCAGCGUCGGCGGGCCACUGCCUCAAGAAGCACCGAAGAACACGAUAAGUAUGACGAGCAGGCGAUGGCAGAACUGACCUCGGCGAUUGAGCGCACAGACGACGUCCGCAGGGGGUCCACGAGCGACUAG